AUGUCUGAUCAAGGCAUUAAUACUAAUGAAUACAGAGAAUUGAGGAGUGAUUAUAAAUAUUAUAUCGAUUCAUAUAAUGCAAUGUAUAGGUUAAAAACGGAAAAUGAUGACGAAAUAAACUCAAUUUACGAAAUGAUCAAAACAGAACUAAUUGAUUCAAAGAAGCAUUAUGUACAAACUAUUAUAAGAGAUGUUUUAAAUAUGAUUCUGUAUAAUAACCGCUAUACAAAAUCAUACUUGAAACUCGCGAAACUUAUAUAUGAUGAUAAUAAUGUGAAAGAGGUUCACGGCAUCAAUAGUAUUUCUAACUUCCUGUUUCAUAAAGAAUAUGAUAUUAUACUAGAUAAAACUGAUAAUUUCAAAGAAAUAGAACUAAACCAUAGAGAUAUUCAUUCAGAAAAUCCAAUUUACAGAGCAAUUAUGAAUGAUGACAUAAAAAACUUAAUAGAUUUCACAGAAAGAAAUGAAUUUGAUGAAGAUCAAAAACUUAAAAGCAAGCUAUAUCCAUAUUCUAAAGAAGGAUAUUCAUUACUUGAAUUAUGUUGUUACCACGGAGCAGUUGAUUGUUUCAAGUUUUUAAGAACAAAAUGUGAAUCAGAAAUAACUGAUUCAUGUCUACAACUAUCAUUUUUAGGAGGAAAUCCAGAGAUUAUAAGCGAAUGUUUGAAAUCUAAAAAACCAAAUAAAGAAUGCAUGAAAUAUACAAUUAUUUCUCACAACAUUGAUUUUGUUACAUUCUUGAUGAAUGAACACAAUAUAGUGAUCGAUUUAGAAUGGUGUGGAGCAUAUGAUAAUCUUGAAUCAUUUUUGGUGUAUUUCGACCAAAUCAAAGAUUUUAACGAGUGUUUCAUCCAUUCAACAUUGUUUAAUAUCCCACCAUUUUCAGAAUAUUUUUUUGCAAGAAUUAAAGACAUCAAUAUUAAAAAUCAAGAUGGACAAACCCCUCUUCAUUAUGCAGCAAUGAAUAAUAGCAAAGACACAGCCGAACUUCUUAUUUCACAUGGUGCAAAUAUCAACGAAAAAGACAAAGGUGAACGAACCCCUCUUCAUUAUGCAGCAAUGAAUAAUAGUAAAGAAACAGCUGGAGUUCUUUUUUCACAUGGUGCAAAUAUCAACGAAAAAGACAUAGAUAGACAAACCCCUCUUCAUCAUGCAGUAAUGAAUAAUCGCAAAGACACAGCCGAACUUCUUAUUUCACAUGGUGCAAAUAUCAACGAAAAAGGCAAAGGUGAACGAAACCCUCUUCAUCAUGCAGCAAUGAAUAAUAGUAAAGACACAGCCGAACUUAUUAUUUCACAUGGUGCAAAUAUCAAUGAAAAUGAUAUUAAUGGGAAAACUGCUCUUCGUCUUGCAGUAUAA